UGUGUGCUUCUUUUCUUUUCUUUCCUAGGCAGAACCACAGAACCACAGCUCGCGCGCGAGUGAAAUUUUUCGUGCAAGGCAGUCUGACUCCAAGCUUUUCAAGAUUUUUAUACGGAUUUUUUAGAUGUCCCGCUCAACGCAUGAGCAAUUCUACUAUGGAAUUGAUGAGCAGGCUCGUCGUCCUAAUUCCCGUCAGACUCCGGAGACACGUCAGAAAGGAUUUCAUGGACAGACCAGAUUGAUUACCGUGACUCCGGACGCCAUUAUCCCAUCAAUAAAUGAACCGAUAGAAGCUAGUGGAGGCUCAAGAAGGCGUCGAAGCGAUUUAUUUGAUGCAAGAGGACGUCGUCAGUGUGUUACAUGGGAGACAAUGACCGACGAGGAACGUGAAGAAGUGCAAAGAAUGAAAAGAAAAGAUGAAGCGUACAAAACGGCUCUAUGCGACGCAUUCAAAAAAUUCGGUUUCUGCCCUUAUGGUGAGGGCUGCCGCUUCGCUCAUGGUGACAGUGAACUGCGUCUUCCUGCUCAGCCGCGUGGAAAGGCUCAUCCAAAAUACAAGACACAGUUGUGCGACAAGUUUUCCACUUUCGGACACUGUCCCUAUGGACCUCGUUGCCAGUUCAUUCACAAACUGAAAAAGGGAUUGCCCCUGAUCCAGUAUGAACGCCUUCUCGCUGCAGGUCAGAUCUCACCAGAGAGAGAAGAUGAAGCUCGCGCACCUCAGGGUCGCCGAUCCUCGGGCAUGAGCCCAAAUAGAAAUCGAGCAGAUGCAGCAAGAAGGCUGACUUUUGAACGUGAGAACUCAUUCACUCCAAGACAGAAGAUACCAAAUGCGAUUUAUCCAAAAAUGGAAAUCAUAAAUAUCGAACGUGCCUGCAAAUACGCUGACGAGAUUGUUGAAAAAAACGCCAAUACCCGCCGUCGUUCGGUUGAAUUCGAUGAUAUGCGACCAGCAAUCGAUUUUAGUAUUGGUCAGAUGGGAAGAUCCUCCUCGAUGCAUUCGCUUGCAAAUCGUGGAAUGAUUGGAGACAUCCGUAGCAUCCCAAUGAUGCAGCCGGUUGAUACAGGCGAAGUAGUAGAUCCGAUACUCACCCAGAAGAGCCAGAAAGUUCCUGAUUUAUCGCUAAUAAAGGAAGAACCGGAGGACAUGCAAAAUCAGGAAGGGUCACCGCGUACUAGCCGUGCCAAACGUAAUCAGUGGCCAGAAAAGCUUACUGGAAUGAAAAUGGAUACUAUCUCCGAAGACGACAAGGAAAACAAUGUCAGCAAGCAGGAGAAGGAGAAGAAUGAGAGCAAAGAAAACGAAUACAACGAGCAGGCCGAACAGAAAAGUGAGAGAAAGCAAAAUAAAGAAGAGCGCACAAGAGAAACCGAACUACUCGUACAGUCAUGCGAUGAGGAACUUCUUGCGCAGGGACUCUAUGACCACAGAUACCCAGACACGCCGACCGAUCUUCUCGAGCAGUGGAAAGAGCUACAAUAUGCUAUCGCUCUCGCCGCUCGAGAUCCUCGAGUGGUACGGGUUAUGGCAGAAGAGCUGCACUGCGAUCUGGAUGAGAGCUCACAUCAUGGUGGAUCUGAUGCGGGCUCAAAAUGCAGCGGAGACGAUAGCCAUGACCAUGACCUGGACUACGAUGAAGGUUCGAAUCAAGCUCCUGACAAAGGCGAUGAAAUGGAAGAAGGAGAAGAACGCGAUGAGCAUGAAAAAGGAGAGCAACGGUCAAAUGGGACUGAAGAAGGAGAAGAAAGCUCUGAUGGUGAGAUAGAUGACUCAAGUGAUGAGAACGACAAGAAGAAACAAGACACGGACAAAGAGGAGGGUGAAAUUGACGAUAGCGAUGACGAUGAUGGGGAAAUAACGCCCAGGUCGACGAAGUUACCGAUAGAGUCGCGUUUGAGCCGUCCGUCCGCUCGUGAUAAGCCUGUCAAAUUACGGGAAGAGUGCCCAUAUGAAGUCAAUGGUUCUUGCACUUGGGGCCCUGACUGUAAAUACACGCAUAGGAACAAGGAAGGCACCAGGUUAUUUGCCAGAUGCAGGCCAGCAGAAGAGACCUCAUGGGAAAGAGGAUUACGUGAGGCGCGUGAAGCUAUGCGAAGAGCGUCAAAAAAGCGACAGGAACCUGAGUUUGAAACUAAACGAUUAACUGCUGCACCCACUGGCGAACGACUGAGAAGUGUGCGUGAUUCAGAUUCGGACGAUGGAUCUACGUCACACAGAACUUCAUCACCAUCAACUCGUCGUCACAUACCAUCGCUACUAGAUAUUACAACAGAGCCUCCGCGUUUUCGUCCAACUCAAAAAGAUGGUAUCCGUUGUGCUACUCGUGGCUCACCACGCUAUUCUGAGGACGACGACCAGCCGUCAUAUUUAGACAGCGGAAGGUACAGAGAUGUCGGCGGGUACAGAGAAAGGAGAGAAAUCAAGGAUCUGGGACCACAAGUGCGGUACCCAUGUGGGCGACCUCAACCUCGUCGGAACGAAGGCAGACGAGGUGGAGGUGGUGAUGGCCGUUCAGAUAGGAAUAGGGAUGCGGUUCAUCGUCCUAAACGUGAUGUAUCUUCAAAUGCUGACUCCAGAUCGAAUAAGCGGAUGAGAAUAUCUCCUUCGCUCGAUGCUUCACCCAUCAGCAGCGAUUCAUCGCUUUCACCAGAGAGAGGCUCUCGCAAGAACAUUUCUGCGAGCGAAAAAGGUGGUGAUAAGACAGGUGGUAGUAGAAAGCCGAUUUCAAGCGGAAGUGCGAUGGGAAAUGUGACAGAUCCGUGGGCGCGCAAAAAGAAAGCUAACUCAGCAAAGAAUAAGGAAAACGAUGGGAAGCGAGGAAGAAGAUCGUCAAGUAAUAGCUCAAGCAGUUCGUCUAAUAGUCGCGAAGAAUCGAAACGUGCUCCACCUACGUCUGGUGGUUCCCGAAAGUCGCACAGUCCCUUCAGCAACAAGAACGACAGAAGGCUUUCACCACCUAGGGGUGAUAUCACUGGAUUUCGCAUCCCAAAAAAGCACCGCUCAACAGAGAAUCGCAAUCGCCCAUCCAGCGCCGCGCGUCCAGUCAGCGAACACAAAGGAAAGAUAGCCGACUGCGCUUUUGGAAAGAAACAUAAGGAGAGCAAGAAAAUUGAACACGAUCGCAUUUCUGAUGACGAUGCAGUAGUAGAUGGAAUUGAUAGCCACGGUGCGGAGAACAUUAGUGAUUCCGAUUCGGCUCGUUCCGUUUCCCGAAGCUCCUCUGUAUCCUCUUCGUCCUCGACCUCCUCCCGAAGUCGAUCACCUUCACCUGCCCUACCUGCAAAGUACAGAACUACCAGUGCUGUAGAUGAUGCUUCGUCAACAAAAAAUGCGACGUCCAUUUCGAGUUCAGAUGAUGAAGGAAAGAAAACUCACAGUAAAAGCUCAUCGAGAGAGAAAACAAGAGAAAAGUCACCGCAGCUGAAAGAAAUCUCACCGUCUCCAUCACCUCCACCUCCCCCACCACCUCCAGAUGAAAGCGCCAAUCGUCAUCAUCAUACAGACAAAUCUGAAACACCUCCACCACCGCCGCCACCUCUUCCUCUCAUCAAUGAGUUUGCCCUGGAACGACAACAGCGGAAGCUUCGUGAAGCAGAAAAAAGGGUUGCUGAGGUGACAAAAACGAAACGUUCAAAAAGUCCUCCGAAGAAGAAAGCCAAAACGAGCAGCGAAGGUAUGACCGAAAAGGAACGACGGAAACGCGAGCUUAUGGAACAAUUACGGGCGGUGGAAGCGGAGUUGAAAAAGAGGACUGCGGCUACUUCUGCACUGUAA